UGCCCUGCAGGUCCAUCCAUAAUUCCAUUCAGCCGUGGAAUUAUGCGCCAGGCCUCGAAGAAAUAAUAAACAAUGAGAGAGAGCUUUCGAAUCAGAGCGGACAGAAGGAAUUCGACGUCACACGGACCACGUGCUGCCGAGCCACUCGCCGUCGGAGGCCCUGACUGCGCUCACGAGCCUAGAGCCGAAUCGCAGAAGAUCCUAUAGGAAAAGCUUUGACUGCACCGGCUGCCAUGGAGCCGUGAAUCCUCCACGUCGAAGGACGAGGAGCGACGAAAUCUGCAGUGCGGCUGCAACUGCAGGCGAUGGAAAGGAGCAGGCGGAGGUCGAGCUCCCUUUGAAUCAUUUCCCGUUCAUGAAGUUUCGUUUUUCGUCUCAUAUCAUCUCGUCUCGUCUUUCUGUUUGUCUGUCUUUCUGUCUGGUUCCUGUUGAUGUCUGACUCGGGGCUCGCCUGAAAGAGAGGCCGCGAGCUGCUGAUCGGCAGACGAUGCGGAGGAUGCGGUGCCCGGGGCUUUCAUUCGAUCCAUCUUCGCUGCAGCUGCACUGCUGCUGCUGCUCCGAGAAGAGCAUCGACUGGAGAGAAGAAGAAGAGAUUAUUCGAUGAGUUCUCCUCUUGAUGAGCUUCGGAGGACAGCGUGGUUCGUGAAUCCGGCUGUUCGUUCUCGAGAGGUCCGAUCCAAGAAUUGACUGAUUCCACUCCCCCCUGCCCCCUGCGACGUCUCUUGCACGAUGGGUCGGUUUACCUCGGGCGAUCUGUGCAUGGGGGACACUGGCCACUGGUCCCUCUGUCGGAUGAGCUCGGGUGGAUCAUCGGACUACUCCUGUUUGUCGGAAGCCUGAUCUUUUCUCUCGAUUUUUCUCUUCUCCAUUUCGUUAGGGUGAGGGCUACAAGGACGUGCCCGACUUUCAAUUUGAGCUCAUCUUUUGCCGUAGGCUUUGGGUUUCAGUGGCGAUUCUUAUCAGGAAAAGCUCUGCUCACCGGCUCGUCGUCGCAGCUGGCAUCUCGUGCGUCUGCCCUUGUGUAGCUGGCGGGUAAGCUCUUGGCUCAAUGAAUGGCAUCAUCAGGUGGUAAGGAUUCUUCGAGCCCGAUAGAUUCGAAUGGUAGGGUUGGAAGGGAGCAUUCAAAUCCGGAGGCGAUAUCGGCAUUGUACGAGGACCUUUUUGAGAACGAUAAUAGUGAGCGUCCGUGCUACUUGCCAGACUCAGGGCAAGAGGAUUACAGCGGCGAUGGAGAUGGAGUUGGAGAUGGAGAUGAGGAUGGAAACAGUCCCCGUGAGAUUGUCCAGAAGGGAAGAGGAGACAGCGUGGUUGAGGAGAAAGGGGAAUUGAAUGCGGCGAACGGAGCUUCACCCGAAGCGUCAGCCACUCAGAUGAACAAUGAUAGCAGGGAAAGCGGGUCGGAUGUCGGGACUUUGCCGGAGGAUCUCGACGCAAGGUCCAGUACAGGGAACGAAGACGAAAUACAGGAAAAAGAUCAUGAGUUUAACUUCAGAGAUAGAGUUCGUGCGGAAUCUUCAUCAACGGAACGCUUGGUACAUUUAGAUGGAGAAAUGUCUUCGGAUCGUGGUUUAGAUGGUCCCCCCAGUCCAACCAGCAGCCAAGGGGGGACUAGCGGCUAUAUGGCAGGAAGUGGUAGUAGUAGUGCGAGUACGAGCAGCGUCAGUGGUGUAGAAAUCGGUACUGAUCAAGAUACUGAAGGAAUUGGAAGCAGGAAGGAGGAGCGGGGAGUAUGGGUUCCAGGAAAACGUCAUUCUCAGGAGGAUGAUAGUCAUCCUUCCUGGCGACGUCACAAGAAGCACUUUUUCAUACUCAGUAAUGCAGGAAAACCAAUCUAUUCCAGAUAUGGGGAUGAACAUAAACUUGCAGGGUUUUCUGCGACCCUUCAGGCCAUAAUGUCAUUCGUAGAAAACAGUGGGGAUACGAUACACCUUGUCCGGGCAGGAGAUCAUCAGAUAAUCUUUUUGGUUAGAGGUCCAUUGUAUCUGGUCUGUAUCAGUUCCACUGAUGAACCUUUCCAAGUCCUCAAAGGCCAGUUAGAGCUUCUGCAUGGACAGCUGCUAUUGAUCUUAACGAAGGCAGUCGAAAAGUGCUUCUUGAAGAACUCAAAAUUUGACAUGAGACCGCUCCUUGGAGGCACGGAUGUUGUUUUCUCCUCGUUGAUUCAUGCCUUCAGCUGGGAUCCAGCAACCUUUUUGAGUGCCUAUUCGUGCCUACCUCUUCCCUACGUCACAAGACAGGCUGCUUGUGGUGCUCUUCAGGACAUGACGGACUCCGGAGUUCUGUUCGCUUUGUUGAUGUGUGGCACAAAGGUGAUAAGUCUCGUCGGUCCGCGGAAAGCUUCACUUCAUCCCCAUGAUCUGUUGCUGUUAUCCAAUUUUAUCUUGUCUUCUGAUUCAUUCAGAACAUCCGAAUCAUUUUCUCCCGUAUGCCUGCCUCGAUACAAUGCCACAGCAUUUAUGUAUGCCUAUGUGCAGUACCUCAAUAAAGACACUUGUUUGAUCUUACUUACUGGGGACCCCAACGACUUUUUCCACUUAAAAGAAUGCAGAGCACAAAUUGAGAUUGCUUUGAGGGAGUCAGAUGUUUUGCGGGAGGUGAACAAUUCAAUAUCACGAGGUGGAUUGAGAAUAGAGGACUUGCCGGAUUCAGAGGACCUAGUACCCCCUGAAGGUGUAUCCAGUAGGGAAGACAGAUCUAGUGGUGAUGGAGCUAGCACAUCUGCAUUUAACUCUGUUCCCGGAGCCGGCGGAGCUGCAGGCCUUUGGCAUUUUAUUUAUCGCAGCACAUACUUGGACCAGUUUGUGGCCUCGGAAUUUUCACCCCCUUUGAAUACACGCUCGGCUCAAAAGAGACUAUACAGAGCUUUCCAAAAGCUGCAUGCUUCAAUGCAUGAUACCGAAGCAUCAGGACCUCACAAGAUGCAAUAUAGGAGAGAUGAAAAUCAUGUUCUGCUUUCGUGGAGAAACUCCGAUUUCGAGCUCUACGCUGCAUUUGAUCCUCUCGCCGAGAAAAGCUCUGCAAUAUUUGUAUGCAACCGAAUUUGCCAAUGGAUUCGAGAUGUGGAAUGCGAAAUAUUUUUAUUAGGUGCAACACCAUUUAACUGGUGAGUUCCAUGCAACACAAACGGCCUUGUAAACUCAUACGGUAUCUGUUUUACGGAUAUAUAUCUCAGAAUGCAUGGGACAACGUGAUUCUUUUGUAAAAUUCUACCCGGUCUUGGCCCGGUAGCUGGUUUUACGCAUCAACCAUAUGAAUACUCUCAAUGGUUGCAACUUUCCACUGCCUUUUGUGAAAUCGGUGUAUGAAUGUCAUUAUGUUCUACUAGAUCAUGAUGCUGAGCCUAGCUGCGCUCUCCCUUCUGCCCUGUUCAACUAACGUGUAUGAUAUGGUAAGGAUUUUGGUGAACGGGCCUGUUGUUUUUUAGCAAUAUCUAACGAUUAGGAUAUAGACCUACCUGGUCUUUCACAGACUUCAUCUGGUAAAUCCAUGAAGGUUUUAAGUACUUCGGUCAGAAACUCUGGCAAAGGGGUUUUCCAAGGAAUACAGUAUCCGGUCAAUCAGAAACAACAGCAACAUAAUUUGUUGAACAACAAUGUUCACUGACCAUCGAAGACGAUUGGCAUAUUUUCUCACCGGAAAAUUCAUUGGAACUUUCUUCACUCGUGUAAUUAACAAGUACUUAACGAUCGAUGUUCGCUCCACACUGAUCAAUUAGCUGUAUGUUAUUACCAUCAUCGUGAAGUUUGAAAGUUAACACGAGUUUGAGGGUUCAUCAACGUUAUGGGUUCCAGUGUUUCGAAUUAUCAAAAUGUGCCAUGUAGUCGCAUGUAAAUGGACGGCACUUCUCAUUGGAUGCACGGUGGAAGUGCGAAUGGUUCACUGACAAACGAUAUUUUUUUGAUAAUUAGUUAGGACUUUCUU